ACACAUGAAGUUGCUUACUUUGACACUCUUCAUCAUCACUCUCUGGCACACCCUUUUCGACUCUUUCCCUGUUCUUUCCAUGCACAAAGACCAUCAUCAUUUAUACCCCCGCGCGCGCGCCCCCUUCUGCCUCAUCAUUCGUCAAAGAAGAAGUUGCAGAAAAGCCAAACGCAACUAUGGCUCCGCCUUCUAUUAAUUGCAAUGAGGAAAUCAAUUGGGAUGAAAUUGGAUUUGGCAUAGUUCCAACGGACUCCAUGUAUAUGAUGAAAUGCUCCACAGAAGAAGAUACUUUCUCAGAAGGAACCCUUGUCCCUUAUGGGAAUCUACACCUCACCCCCUCUGCUGGAAUCUUAAAUUAUGGACAGGGAGUGAUUGAAGGGCUAAAGGCAUACAGAAGCAAAGAUGGGCGUAUAGUUAUGUUUAGACCAGAAGAGAAUGGUAGGCGCAUGAAGAUUGGAGCAGAGAGAAUGUGCAUGCCAUCACCAUCUGUUGAGCAAUUUGUGAAGGCUGUGAAGCAAACUGUGCUUGCCAAUAAACGUUGGGUGCCUCCUCUGGGGAAAGGUUCACUGUAUAUCAGGCCACUGCUUAUGGGAACAGGAAGUGUGUUAGGCUUAGUUCCAGCACCUGAGUACACGUUUCUUAUAUAUGUCACUCCUGUCAAAACCUAUCACAAAGGUCCAUUGAACUUGGUAAUCAAGGACAAGCUAUACAGGGCCAUAUCUGGGAGUGGAGGAACUGGAGGGAUCAAGAGCGUGGUUAACUAUUCUCCAGCUUAUAAGGCACUGAAGGAAGCGAGGGCUGAAGGGUUCUCGGAUAUAUUGUACUUAGAUGCAGCAACAGGAAAAUUUGUUGAGGAGCUUUCUUCAUGCAAUAUCUUCCUUGUCAAGGGGAAAGCUAUCUCAACUCCAACCGCAGGAGGAAAUAAUAUUCUGCCUGGAAUCACCCGGAAAAGCAUCAUUGAAAUUGCCAUUGACUUGGGUUAUGAGGUAAUGGAAGGCGAAGUAGGAGUGGAUGAAUUAAUGGAGGCUGACGAAGUUUUCUGCACUGGAACUGCAGUCGGUGUCAAUCCUGUUGCAUCCAUCACUCACAAUAAUAACAGAGCUGAAUAUAAAACAGGACCAGAAGCAGUUUCUCAAAAACUCCUCCAAACUUUAGUUGGUAUCCAAACAGGACAUAUUCAGGACACGAGGGGUUGGACUCUGCAAAUUGAAUAAGCCAUCGCAUUCAGUAUUCUGGUCCCAUAGCUAUUAUAAGCUUCAAUAAAUUACUUUUAAGUUAAAAAUUAUAGUUAAAUUAGUUAUGUCUUACACAAUCUCAAAAUUAUGCUGAUUAAACAUUAUUAGUUGAAGAAGUUUGAUUAUUUAAUUUGAAAUUUUUAUAAUUAACUAGAAAUAUUAAGUUUUGUUCUGAUAGAGUAUAUUGUACACAUGAUAACGGCUGCUCAUCAACCAG